GGACUCCGCUGCGCGCUCCUCCACAUCUGGACCGUGCUCACCUGCGACACGAGCCGAUGAGGCGGAUGGACUCCUCUCGACUCAUGACUCCCGCUCUCGACUGAUCCCGACUCUUCCGCUGUGACCGAGCCGCAGCACCGAUGGCGGCGCUGACGAUCCACAGGAGCGACAACCUCCUCCAGAGCUUCCUGCAGGACCGCACCCCCAGCUCGUCUCCCGAGGGGGCGCCCAACACGCUGUCCUUCCUGGCCACCACCUGCAGCCAGGCCUGGCAGGUCGGAGGCGCGGUGCCCUCAGAAAGUCCCCAGUUCCCCUACGAGGGCAACUCCACGUCCGGGAUGUUCCAGCUGUGGAGCAACGAUGUGGCGCCGAGCUCGGCUCUGACCUCGCACCAGAUGACCUUCACCGUGCCCAAGGUCCAGUUCCCGGGUCACGUGCAGUCGGGUCUGGGUCACCACCCGCACCACCACGAGCUGCCCCUCACACCUCCAGCUGAAGCUCCCUCCUCGUACUCUUUCGAACUGUCACCGGUCAAAGUGCAGACCGGCGCCUCCUACUACUCGCAGCACAACAGCGUGGCUCAGAACUUCCCAAGCUUCCUCCAGAACUCUUCCACGCGGCAUCACCUGCCCGGCGGUCAGGUGGAGGAGGGCCAGCAGUGGUGGAGCUUACCGCAGACCAACGGGAGCCCCAACACUCACCCCUUCUCUUUGGGCCGGCAGCUGGUUCUGGGUCACCAGCCGCAGAUCGCCGCGCUGCUCCAGGGAAGCUCCAAGACGCUGCUCAGCUCCACGCGCCGCUGCCGCCGCUGCAAGUGCCCCAACUGCCAGGCCGGCGGCAGCGGCGGCGGCGUGCUGGAGUUCGGAAAGAAGAGACUGCACGUGUGCCACAUCCCCGACUGCGGCAAGGUCUACAAGAAGACGUCGCACCUGAAGGCGCAUCUGCGCUGGCACGCCGGCGAGCGGCCCUUCGUCUGCAACUGGCUCUUCUGCGGCAAGAGUUUCACGCGCUCCGAUGAGCUGCAGCGCCACCUGCGCACGCACACCGGCGAGAAGCGCUUCGGCUGCCAGCAGUGCGGCAAGAGGUUCAUGAGGAGCGACCACCUCUCCAAGCACGUCAAGACCCACCAGAGCCGCAAGAGCCGGUGCGGGGCGCCGGGCCCGGACUCACAGACGCUGGUCGUCAACAUCAAGAGCGAGUAGAGGCGGAUGCUGGCGGGCGCCGCUGGCUGGCUGGAGGUCGGAGGUCAGGCCAGCGCUCGCCGGCUCGCUUCUAUGUUCAUGUUGCUGACACCACACUUCACCUGCUCCGCUUUCCUCCCUUGGGCUGCGAGCGCCUUCCGCUCCUCCUGUGACUUGGCGUCGGGGGCGUGUCCGCCUUCAUGACAUGGAACUCUGACGAACAUAAAUGUCCUAAUUUAUCUUCCACCUCUUUGUUGAGGUUGUUGAAAUGAAAACCUGCGAGUGGCAUCCCCAGCGACACUGGCGUCCCAGCUAGCCUGGGGCCCAGAGACUGAUCCUCAGGUCUCGACAGGAAGCUGAAGCCCGGCUCUUGAGCGGUGUUGGACCCCGGAGCCUCUCACUCUGAGCCAUCCUGCUGACAAGGCGAGUCGACCUUCAGGCCACCUGUGUUUUCAUCUGUAAAUGUGUGCGCGGCGGCGCGCGGGUCUGAAUAAACCGUCUGAGUCUUCGA